AUGAAGAAAAUAAUACCUGUUGAGGAAACUAAAGUAGUUACAUAUUCUAUGAAAGAACUUAAACGGUCUUCAAAAACAUUUGAAGCAAUUCAACAAGCAUUAAUAUUAUCUAUUUUAAAUGUAAAUGGGUAUGGAUUUAAAAUAAAAAAACCAGAAAGAAGAUCUCAAAAAACUUUACAAUUAAUGUUAGUGGAAGAACUAUAUGAAAAAGGUUCUACUAUUUUAUUAGAAGAAAAUAUUAAUGCUACUUGUAAUGAAAUUGUCAAAAAAGAAUUAGAAGAAAAUGGAUGUAUUGAAUUAGAACCAAGUGAUAUUGAUGGAUCAUCUUCAAUUGCACAACUAGCUUCAAAAUAUGAUUCAGAGAAAUUAAAACAAAUAAAACGACAUAAAAAUGCCAAUAAAAUAGCAUUAACAUUUAAAGAAUUAUUACAAAUGAGUGAAAAAUUAGGAUAUAAAUUUAAAUAUAGAACAACAAAACCUGCAAAAAUGACAAAAAAAUUAGAAAAGAUUUCUUCAGUUUAUGGAAAAGUUAAUUUAACAUUAAGUAAUAUUAAUGAAAUUGGAAAAAGGGUAAAUGAAAGCAUUUAUGAAAGAUUUAAUAAAGAAAGCGUUUCUAUAAUUAUUCCUUCCCAUGACUUUAUUAUUGAAAAGAUUUGGGAUAAAGUUAUUGAAAAUAAUAAAAAAUUUGAUCAUCAAAUAGAGAUUAGUACAAGUCAAAUAAAAGAAAUUACAAAUACAGAUAAAAAUGAUAAAAUAAAAGAAAAAAUUUAUAUAACAACUUCAUUAGAAAAACAAAAUACUCAAAAUAAUUCAUUCUCUUCUAUACAAGAUAAAAACUCACUUAAUUUAAAACACAGUCAUUUAGAUAAUAACCCACAAACAAUUCAAAAUACUUUAAUUACAGUUAAACCAAAAAUAAUGGAAAAUAUUGAUACUGAGCUUACUUCAGAUACUUUAAAUCAUAUCUCUAAAGAAGAUAAAUUUAUUAGUCCUGAACCAUCUUUAACAACACCUUCAAAUUUAACUGAUUUUAGUACUUCAUUCUAUCCUGAAGAAAGUGUUAUUUCUGGAAUACAAUCAGAUAAUUCUUAUUAUACUUAUGAAAAUACUUUCGAUAAUAAUAAUUUUCAACAAUUUUCAAUACAACCUAAAUUAUUCCUUUAUAAUCAACAACAAAACUCCUAUUCUCAUGAUGAAAUUUCUAUUUAUCCUACUAUUGCUUCUAAUCCUAUUAAUAAAUCAUCAAAUGAAAUAAUUACUCAACAUUUUAAUGAACCUUCAUUUUAUUUUAGUACUAAUCAAAAUAAAACUAAUGAUAUUUCUUAUCUAGAUUGCUUUUUUACUCAAUCAGUUCCUUCAAAUACUUGUUAUGAUUAG